AAAACAUUUCAGUAUUGUUUAUUCCUUGUGUCAGCAACCACUGCAUAAAGUGAACCUCGGUUACUGGAGCCAAAAAAUAUUGUUGUAAAACGUAUUUAAUUCUCUCACACAACCACCAAUCUAGCCCACCACCCAUUUGCUGCCCUAUUCCCCUUCCUCCAUUCCUCCGCCCCCACCGGCCACCCAUUCCCCCCAAACCUUUUCUCCCAUCUGAGCUGUUUUUCCUAGAUAUACUUAACUUACCACAUUAUAUCCACGUUCUACACCUGAGAAAUGGAUUACUCACUUCACUUAACACUUUAAUAGACUCUGGUUUAGCCCCUUCAAUACAGCAACGAAUUUUUGCGGAAUCUGGUGGCGUCCCAGAUCAAGAUUAAUGGGUAUGGCCUCAAUUCUUUCAGUUUCCAGGUACCUGAAGGUUAUCCCUUUUCUCCUUUUGUACUUCAGAACUCUCUAUGCAGACUUCAAUGUCUCGUUUGCUUCCAAGGAUGUUGAUAAAGGUUCCUACUUUGAGUCCAUGUUUGCUUUUUAUGGUGAUGCUAAGCUUGUUGGUAGAGAUAGUGGUAAUGGUAUGUCCGUACGGUUGUCUGGUUCAGAUGGUGGUGGUCCUAGUGCUGGGAGAGUAGUUUACAAGCAUCCCAUGAGGCUUGUUGUGGGAGGAAAUGGAAACCCAAGAGAUAUGGUGUCUUUUGAGACGAAAUUUGGGUUUUCCUUGUCUGAAAAAGGGGAUGGUUUAGCUUUCUUGAUGGCUCCUGUUGAGUACCCUGUGAAUGAAUUUGAUGGUGGCUCUUUUGGGCUCUUGGGUAAGAGCAAAAUGAAGUUCCUUGCUGUUGAAUUUGAUACACAUAAGGAUGGAAAGUACGGUGAUGUGAAUGCUAAUCAUGUUGGGUUGGAUAAUUCUAGCCUUGUGUUGGUAAAAGUUAGUAAUGUUUCAUCUGUGAACUUAACUUUAAGUAGUGGGAAGAAGUUGCAAGCUUGGAUCAAUUAUCAAGCAAUGUCGCACAGAAUUGAAGUGAGGUUGGCUGAAUUUGGUGAAACCAAUAAGCCUAUUGAUCCAUUGCUGUCUUAUCCUGUUGACAUGUCAAGGAUGUGGGGUGAAAAAGAAGUGCUUUUUGGACUGAGCUCUGCGAGUGGGAAUUCAAAUUCAUUGCAGGAAUGCAAUUUAUAUUCAUGGAGCUUGGAGCUUUGGACGAUACCCCAUUGGAUGCAUUCACAGCCAAUGAAUCCUAAUGCGUACAUGGAGAAGACAACAAAAGAGUAUCCGGUUCCUGAACAGAAAAGCGAUUGCACAUUCAGAGUGCUUGGUGCUUUGAUCUUUGGCAUUGGAUGUGGGGCAUUAGGAGCUCUAAUUGUGCUGUUUAUAUGGACUCUACUGGCUUAUAAACGUCCAAUUGUGCCGGAGGAUUAUGCCGAGAAACAUCUUGAGUUUGAGUUCAAAAAACCCAAAAUUGUAGAUAAACCGAGUGGUAAGAAUUAGGUUUGUGUGUUUGAGUAGAGUGAGCUUAAAUAGAUUGAUGCUUGUCAUUUGGUAUGUAAAUCCGUUUGAAAUUUUGCACUUGUAUCAACUGUUUCCAAUGCGUGGCUGUAAUUUCAUGAUCAAUCUUCUGAAAUUGUAGUAGUUUUUUUCUCCUCUGUUAUGAUCAUCAAAGUACAGCUUACUGCUAUUGAUCACUUGCUUUUAAGUAUAUAAAGAGCUAUGUUUUCUUUGUCA